GACUUCGACCAAAAAAUGAGUGAAGGCUAUCAUUCAGCUUGUCUCCCCUAGUAGAAGGGAUAAAAUCGUUCCUUCCUGAUACUCUUUCCUAGAAAGAUGGCGGUUUUAGGUCCAGGGAAAGUGCGGAACAAGCGCAAGCAAGAGGAGUUUGAAGAGGUCGAGAAAGAUCCUUUUGCUGAGGCAGUAGAUCUGGAGAUGCAGAGCGAAGAAGAAGCAGAGGAUGAGGACCGGGAGGGGGACGACGCGUCGGAUGAUGGAGACGUAGAUGAUUUUCCAGAAAUCGAUGCUGCCAGCGACAGCGACGAAGAAAGCGAGGCGGAUGAGGAAGACACGGAUGACCUCGACGAAGACACCCUUGAUGAAAACUCUGACGCCGACUCAGACUUGCAGAUAUUCCCAAAAUCCAAAGUGGUUGUUUCCGACAUUACUGGUCAAAAAAAAGUCUUAUACCCGGAGAUCGAGCCUGACUAUGAUUCGGACUCCUCGACAGAAGACGAUCCUAACCGUGUUGGUAACAUACCAAUGCAUUGGUACGAUGACCUUCCUCACUUAGGCUACAAUAUCAAUGGCAAAAGAGUGUUACGUCCAGCCAAAGGCGACGAACUCGAUAGAUUCCUUCAAACAGUAGAGGACCCGACUUCAUGGACGACUGCUUUUGACAACAAUGCCCAAAUGGACAAACCACUGUCCGCUGAGGAAUUGGACAUUAUCCGCAGAUUGCAGGCUGGAGAAAAUCCUGAUGUCGAAUACGAUCCAUAUGAACCUACGGUCGAAUGGUUCACGGGUAAGGGCAAAGAAGAAGUCAUGCCUCUUUCAUCGGCUCCAGAACCAAAACGCAGAUGGCUGCCAAGUAAAUGGGAGAAGCAAAAGAUCAUGAAGAUUGUUCGUGCCAUCCGUCAGGGUCGAAUCGUGGGAUCUAAGCCUACUGCAGCGGAUAAAAAGCAGCAAUUUUAUGCUAUUUGGAAUGAACCACCGUCUAAUCAACCUCCUCCGUUACCAGCACCCAAACCAAAGCUUCCUACGAACUCCGAAUCCUACAAUCCCCCCGGAGAAUACUUACCGACCGAAGAGGAGCGGAAGCAGUGGGAGAAUACUAACCCCGAAGACCGUGAACGAGACUACCUCCCGCACAAGUAUCCUGCGCUUCGUCUGGUUCCCGCAUAUGACCGGUUUAUCAAGCAGCGUUUCAAUCGGCAGCUUGAUCUCUAUCUCGCACCACGGGUGCAGAGGAUAAAGCUCAACAUCGACCCUAACAGCCUACUACCCAAACUCCCAAGCCCGAAUAGCUUACGGCCGUUCCCCAACUACAAAUCACUGAAAUUUAUGCAUACUAAAGCACGAGUCAGGUGCCUGAGCAUAAGUCCUGAUGGCGCGUGGGUAGCCAGUGGUGACGAGAGCGGAUUGGUUAGUCUUUGGGAAGUUAACGUGGGACGAGAGGUUAAGCGUUGGAGCCUGGGUAGUAAAGUCGGUGCCAUUGAAUGGUGCCCACGACUUGACGCUUGUUUCUUCGUUGUUGGAACGGAGGAUAAAUUACAUUUCUUCAUACCCCCGAAUCUUUCUCCGGCCAUGUUGACCGUGACGCAGUCAACCCUGGCACCUGCUGUUCUUCCCCCUGCUACUCAGUCACCAAUUAAAUGGACAUCGUCAUCCGGAACCGCUGAAGAAGGCCCCAUCUUGACUGUUGAAUUACCAAGCGCAUCUGGGCUGUCGCGACAGUUAACUUGGCACAGAAAAGGAGACUAUCUAGCUUCAGUCUCCAGCAGCGAGAGUCAAGGUAGUGUUUGGAUGCAUCAAAUCUCUCGCCGACACUCGCAGGCACCCUUCAAAAAAAUUAAGGGUACUGUCCAGAUGGUGUUGUUCCAUCCUACGAAGCCCCACUUUUUCGUUGCCACCCAACGUUAUGUCAGACUAUAUAAUCUGGCUGAGCAGAAGUUGCUGAAAACUCUAAUGCCUGGCAUUAAAUGGAUAUCGUCGAUGGAUGUACAUCCGUCUGGCGACCAUGUCAUUGUUGGUGGCUACGAUCGAAAGCUGUGCUGGUUCGAUCUAGAGCUAAGCGAAAAACCGUACAAAAUUCUUCGGUACCACACAAGAGCCAUUCGAUCACUCCAUUUCCACCCAACCUACCCUCUUUUUGCGUCUUCAUCUGACGACGGCUCGAUCCAAAUUUUCCACGCAAGGGUCUACAGUGAUCUUAUGACGGAUCCACUAAUCGUACCCCUCAAGAUAUUGCGUGGUCAUGAUGUCCAGGAGGGACUUGGUGUCCUCCAAAUCAAAUGGGUUAACAAGCAGCCCUGGUUGGUUAGUGCAGGGGCGGAUGGCAGUGUGUCAGUGUGGUGUAGUUGAAGAUAAGCCCUUUGUCUGAGUUUCGACUAUGAAAUAACCCCCUUUGUUGAGUCCG